AUGCGUUACACCGACUACCUCGCCGUGCUCGCCACGAUUGCUUCUUUGGCUUCUGCCACUCCAAUUGAGAAGCGUGAUGGCAAGACUUUCAGCUUCUUCCAGUCUGUCAGCCGCCAGGUGCAGAAGAAUGGUCCUGUUGCUCUGGCUGGGGUCUACCAGAAGUACAACAAGACUGUCCCGGAAAAUGUGGCCGCUGCUGCUUCCAAUGACGGAUCUGCUACUGCUACACCUGAGAGCUACGAUGAAAGCUACCUUGUCCCCGUUACCAUUGGAGGCCAGACUUUGAACCUUGACUUUGACACUGGCUCUGCUGACCUUUGGGUCUUCUCUUCCGAGCUCCCCAGUUCUGAGCAGGCUGGCCACACCGUCUACAACCCCUCCAAGUCGUCAACCGCCAAGGUCAAGAGCGGCUACACCUGGUCCAUCUCCUACGGUGAUGGCAGCUCCGCCAGCGGUAAUGUUUACACUGACACCGUCAAUGUCGGUGGCACCGUUGUCUCUGGCCAGGCUGUUGAGCUUGCCAAGAAGGUCAGCUCCGAGUUCGUCCAGGAUACUCAAAAUGAUGGUCUGCUCGGUCUUGCUUUCAGCAGCAUCAACACUGUCCAACCUCAGCAGCAGAACACUUUCUUCGCCAACGCUGCGCCCUCCUUGAACUCGCCCCUCUUCACUGCUGACCUGAAGCACGAUGCUCCUGGCAGCUACGACUUUGGCUACAUUGACAGCAGCAAGUACACUGGCUCUAUCACUUACACCUCGGUCGACAAUAGCCAGGGUUUCUGGCAGAUUACCGCCUCUGGCUAUGGUGUUGGCAGCUCUUACACCUCAAGCUCCUUCACCGGUAUUGCUGACACUGGUACCACUCUUCUCCUGCUCCCCGACAACGUUGUGUCUGCCUACUACGCCGAGGUCUCUGGUGCUCAGUAUGACAACUCCCAGGGUGGUUACACUUUCCCUUGCUCGGCUUCUCUCCCCAGCUUCACUCUCGGCAUUGGCGGCUACAAGUCUGUUGUUCCUGGCAGCUACAUCAACUACGCUCCUGUCUCUGGAAGCACUUGCUUCGGUGGUAUCCAGUCUGACGACGGCAUUGGCUUCUCCAUCUUUGGUGACAUCUGGCUCAAGUCUCAGUUUAUUGUCUUCAGCCAAUCGGGCCCUCAGCUUGGUGUCGCUGCCAAGAACCUGUAA